CAGGAAGAGUCGCUGCGUGUCCUGGCUGCUGGCGGCCAUGUUGCUGGUCUACUCGGUGUUCUUUGCCUGGAGAGCUAACCUGGACAUCAGCAGACCCCUGCUGCUGGGAGUGGUUGAGCGUUUUUGGAUCCAGAGCGACGCUGUCGUGUGUGUGCUGGCGGGCCUCGGCUUGACGACGACUCACGCUGAGCUGGAGCGGAGGCUGGGCUUUGGGGGGGUGUGGAAGACCACAGGCUGGGCCCUCACGGUGGCGCUGUUGGCACAAAUGGUGCGCACCAAUCACAGGUGAUCGCCACACUUUACCAGUCUAACAUACAGUAUAUAUCCUGGGAUGAACUGGUGUUAAUUUACAACAAAAACGUGUUUAUG